UGAGUCACCUCUGCCACGCCUGCCUUGAAAGCAAGCCCAGCAGUCUUGUGGCUCCGCCGUUUUCCCAUUGCAAACGUUGCUGGACUGGGCUCCCCGUGGAGGAAAACCAACACGAUCUGUGGCGGCUCCCUGUUCAUUGGUGUGGAGCGAACUGGGGACGGUUUGGUGCCCCAGUGGCCCUUGGUGCCUCAGCUGGGCACCUCAUCCCAAGCAGUUAAAUAGCCCCGGCGGGCUGGAUAUAGCAUCGUCUCUAUCCAAUAGAUUCAAACUGCGCCCUGACUGACAACGGGGGCUGGAGUGGGAGGACCAGCUAUCCAGGCUUUGUUACGUCUGGGAAGCCAUUUUGGAAUUCUGUAGCAGGGGGUAGAGAAACAGCGCUGUCAAGUUGCAAAGUUUUAACCCUCCAGAUACACUGUAACCAGAGGCGCAGGGGGCACAAGCGCUCGGAUCCCGUUUUCUGGGGGGGGUUUAUGUGGGAAUGCGGGCGGCAGCCGGGGCAUCUCGGAGUCUGAGCUGUGCCUUUCCGACGGGAUUGCGCUAACGUGAGACAAAUGGACUCGUCCUGCUGCAUGGGCAAGUGAAAACAACUUGAGUCUGAUCAGGGAAUGACCAUGGAUUUUUCUCGCCUGCACAUAUACACUCCGCCCCAGUGUGUGCCAGAGAACACUGGCUACACGUACUCGCUCAGCUCCAGCUACUCUUCUGCAGCGCUCGACUUUGAGAGCCAGCACAAGCUCGAGCCGGUCUUCGACUCCCCCAGGAUGUCCCGGCGGAGCUUGCGCCUGGCAAUCACGGGGCACUUCUCGGACGAUGGCUUCCUGGACUCCAGCCGCAGCAAAGUGUCCUACAGUGGGGGUGGCAGAGCCUACAGGACUCUAAACAGAACAUCCCACAAGCAGACUGCACUGACUUCACAACAGACUCCUUCCAAGACUCAGUCGGACAGUUCCCUCAUCCUCGGCCAGAACAGCUUCCACAGCUGUGCCAGUGACGUGUCCCUGAUGUCCACGCUGUUAGAUGAGUCCUCCAUACAAGAGAAGACAUUAGUGGACAGCUUUUGGGGUCUGGAUGAAGAUAGAGACCUUAAAGGUGGAGAUACGACUGUAGUUCAGGGAAAUGGAGACCUCAACACCGCAGAAACCCAGACCAGCAUGGCGAAUGGCUACAUCUGCAACGACUGCAGCAUACUGUCUCAGAGGAAAGAUGUUCUGACAACCUACUCGUCCUCCUCGCACUCCCACUCCCCCACCCCCUCCUCCACCGUCUACAGCUACGACAAGACCAAAAGGCACAAGUCAGGUAUUCUUCAUUCGAUCAGAGAUAAAUGCCUCCGUACCAGCAGGCGUGCUGCAGCAUCUGUAUUUUCUGCAGUCAUGCUGCUAUUUCAAAACAUUCUCUUGAAGAUCGGUUAUGAAGGGAAAGCCCAUUCAAGCUUUUGCGGAAGCAUGAACGUCAAAGAUUUGAUGACUGGGGACGGACGGCUAAAUUUAAAUGGGUCUUUGUGUGACGACUGUAAAGGGAAGAAGCACCUUGAGACACAAACAGUCCACAUGCGGUCUUCAAGAUUUAGCACCGCCACACGGACCUUAUGGCACAUCGUUGCUUAUACAGGCUACUAUUUGUUUCAAGCAGUACGGACAGUUGCCUCUGCUGGCUGGUUUGUUACCAAGAAGCUGUGGUCUUUUCUGUGGUUGGCCGUUGUGUCUCCAGGCAGAGCAGCAACAGGAGCGUUCUGGUGGUUAGGGACUGGAUGGUAUCACCUUGUUACACUUAUGUCGCUCUUAAAUGUGUUUAUCCUAACAAGAUGCCUCCCUAAACUGUUGAAACUCCUGCUGCUUUUGAUUCCUUUCUUGCUUUUACUUGGUCUGUGGUAUUGGAGCCCGUCUGGCUUGUUGCUCAGCUUGCCUGGCCUGAUCUCGUCAGACAGGCAGGUUGAAAGCGACGUCACUCCGACGCCUUCAUCGGCGUUGGAUCAGGUCGCUACAGAGCAGCAAGACGAAUCAGAGGCUCAUCUUCACCCAUCUUCGGAGAGUGUUUCUGGCGUUUUUGAUCUUGAGCGCGUGAUCAGCCUGGAGAAGCGGCUGGCCCUGCUGUCGGACAGCUGCCAGAAGACCAGCCAGCAGUACGACGAGCGCCAUCGCCAGCUCCUGGGCCUCUACGGCAAACUGCAGGAGCAGCUGGCGCGUGCCCGUGACGAGGAGGGCGCGUCCACGCGGAUCACCAACCUCUUUGACCAGCGGAUGAGCAUCCUGAAGCAGGAUCUCCAGCAGAGCUGGGAGGAGAAGGAACAGAAUCAGAAUGAAUAUUUGGCUUUGCACCAGAGCCAUGAGUCUCGUAUUGCUGACCUUGAGGGGCUACUUCAAAUUAUUGCUGCCAAGACAGAGGAGGUUCGGCAAAAACGUGAAACGAGCACACCAGCAGCCGUAAGUCAAGAGAGCGAUGAUCAUAGCCUGCUUCUGUCUGAAGUGAAGCGAUUGGAGCUGGAGUUGAAUCAAAUAAAAGCGGACUUGCUGGGUGUCAAGACCUGCCAUUCUAAGUGCGAGGCUCUGGACUCCCUCCAAGACACUGUGGACGCGCGCGUCAGGGAGGCCGUGAAGACGCUGAUCUACGGGAGCAGGGAGGCCGAGAUGCCCGAGUCCCUGCUGCAGUGGCUUUCCUCGCAGUACGUGCAGCACGGUGACCUGCAGGGCCGGCUGGCUUCCCUGGAGCAACGCGUGUUCAAGAACAUCACCAGCUACACAAGCCAGACCAAGCAGAUGCCCACUGCUCAGGUGGUGACCAGUGCUGUCAACGGCGCAGGCGUCACUGGAAUAACGGAGGAGCAGGUACAUGCAAUCGUGAACAAUGCACUGAGGCUCUACUCUCAAGACCGAACAGGCCUGGUGGAUUAUGCAUUAGAAUCGGGAGGCGGCAGCAUCCUCAGCACCCGGUGCUCCGAGACCUAUGAGACCAAGACAGCCCUGAUGAGCCUGUUUGGGGUCCCUCUCUGGUACUUCUCCCAGUCUCCACGGGUCGUCAUACAGCCGGAUGUUUACCCUGGGAACUGCUGGGCUUUCAAGGGCUCGCAGGGCUACCUGGUCAUUCGUCUUUCCCUGACCAUCAUCCCCUCCUCCUUCACCCUGGAGCACAUCCCCAAGGCCCUCUCGCCCACGGGCCACAUCAGCAGCGCCCCCCGCAAUUUCACCGUCUAUGGUCUAGAGGAUGAAUACCAGGAAGAGGGAAAGCUUCUGGGACGUUACACUUAUGAAGAAGAUGGAGAGUCCUUCCAGACCUUUCCUGUAACCGAGGAAAAUGACAAAGCCUACCAGAUCAUAGAAGUCAGAGUGCUUUCCAACUGGGGUCAUCCGGAGUACACCUGUCUCUAUCGAUUCAGAGUACACGGAGAGCCCUACAAGAAAUGAGUCAUCUCGGACUUUCUCCUCCAAAUGUACAGUGGUUUAUUUUGUAUAUAGUGGAAGACUUGGGACUAUUUACGGACAUGGAGGAACAUGUCUGGGCCAACGUGAAGCUACACCUCCUAAACUCUAAAAAAAGAGGAAUAGCUAAAUCUGACAUCUGCAGAACAAUUUGACCUCCUUACGUUUCUGGCACUUGACGCCUGCACUGAAUGCUGACGUGUGGUCAGCCUAAGGGUAUACAGCUGGAAAAAUUACGGUCUUGACCACUAUACCUAUCUCGUAAAAGGCAACGCUUUUGAAGUGAUAAUAACCUCAAGUUUUAUAAUGGAUGGAUGGAUGUAAAGGAAUAUAGCAAAGCUCUCUCCCUUGGUGAGAUCUGGUGUACACUGGAUUGGCUGUUCUGUCUGUUGCAAGGAUGAACAAACUGGUUUGGUGAAAACGGCAUCAGAUCUAAAUGUAACCUUUAUUUAGUUUUCUAUAAUGGUUAUUCUGCUAUAAUAACUUUUUUUUAAAGUAAGGAUUUGGAGAUGCUUUUUUUCCCCCAAAAUGCAUUAAAACAUUUUAUGCUAGGGAUCAAAUAGGAAAUUCCCCAAGAAUAUUAUACCUGAAUGGCAAGCUCACUGUUCAUGCUGUACAAACUACUGAUGUUUAUUUGCUAUUCAUGCACUAAUAGCUGCAGAAUAUUUUUCAAAACUUAGAGGGAAAGAAACAUCCACAACUCAACACUUCCUGCUCCAGCUGGCAGUACACAAAUGUUGAUAUUUGAUAUCGAAGACAGAAUAGUUAAAAUGUUGAUCCGACUGUUAUCCAUCAUCUGGGCAGGAAUGUAAUUGUACGUUUUAUUGUUAAUAGUUUGUCUUUAAAGUCUGCUAUAUCAGUGUUGCUUUAAAAGUUAUACCCUGUCAUUUUUAUUUUUUUUUUACUGGAAAAGUUGAAGGACACGCUUCUGACUUGUUAUAAGAGUGUAUAUUGCACAAGUCCUUGUAAUUUGUAGAAAUAUCUUAAAAAGGAAAAACCAAACACAUAGGCAUCCUCUAUUAAGAGUGGCCCGUCAGGAUAAAAUUCUAAACUGUAUUUUUAAAAUGCAUCACUUGUAUAUCUCCAGCAAAGCCAGGUUAUAGAGGGAUGGGAACUGUUAAUAACACUAUUUAUUUUUAAAAAAAUAACGAGUUAAAGAUUGGACUUUGUGCAAUGUAUUUUUGUAAAUGCUUUUCAAUCUAUUUGGAUCGUCUUGAGACAGUUUUAUUUUCUUUUUUUAAAUUUGUCUUUGCUAUUAUAACAUGGACAAACAGCUACGGAAAUGUUCAAAUAAAGGAUUUAAAUUUUUGAGAGCUAA